AAAGAUUACUAUCGUUAUGAUAGUGACUGUGCUAGUCUGAAUCUGUCACGGAUUAAUUUGCUAUAAUGCAUUUUGUCAGAAAGGCCAUAAAUAAAUCUAGCAAUUAAAAAAGCGCGCAUUCUAUACGUCAAGACAAUAUAAAAAAAGAAUUGCGCACAUUAAAUCAAUAUGUCUUCAUCACGCAACACACCGAUCUCUCUUGUGGCACUACUAUUUUUCACGAAUGUAGCAUUAGGUGAAAGAAUCGCUGACCCGUACUUCAGACAGUUCACCACUGGAAAUAAGAUCGUAGGCGGCGUAGAGGCGAAGGAAGGCGAAAUCCCUUGGCAGGUUUCCAUUCAGAGCACCACUUUUGGGGAUCACAUUUGUGGAGGAUCUAUUAUUGGAGCCAAUUACAUAAUCACUGCUGGCCAUUGCUCAGAAUUUCUACCCGAGGAUUAUCAAGUUUUGGCUGGCACAAUAAACCGUCAAAAUCCAGGGACUUUGCAUGAUGUGAUAAAGAUUAAGACCCACGGCUCCUAUGAUCCCUUUACUUUGGAAAACGAUAUUUCUGUUUGGGAGAUUGAUCCUCCGUUUAAUUGGAGUGCCAAAGUCCAGCCAAUUCGACUUCCCGAGCCCUACGUUGAAGUUCCAGCAAACACUAUUUUGACCGUUUCUGGAUGGGGAUUAACAUCCUGGGAGGAAGCAAAUAUACCUUUGACUCUACAAAAAGUUGAUGUGUCAAUUGUUGACAAAAACACUUGCAAUUUACUGUACCAAGAUUUGGGUGGCAUCUUUAGAUACAACAUUUGUGCCGGGCAAGACGGAAAGGAUUCUUGUGCAGGAGACUCCGGAGGACCAAUGUUUGACCAAGGCGUUCUUUUUGGAAUCGUCUCAUGGGGCCCAAAUUUUGGAUGUGCCAUUCCUGAUUACCCUGGAGUCUACACAGAAGUCGCGGGCUACACAAAGUGGAUUUCUCAAACUGUCAACUCGACAACAUCUUGUAAAAAAAUGCUGCUUUUUUCCACCGUUUUUACUGCCUUGUUUCUCUUGGAAGCUCAUGGCAGAGUCGUUGAUCCCAGACAAAGAGAGAAAGUUUUUGGUGGUGUCGAGGUGCCCGCAGGAGAAAUCCCGUGGCAAGUGUCAAUACAAAUUUACACUGGAUUCCACUGGUGCGGUGGAUCAAUAAUCAACGAAAAAUGGGUCCUCACAGCAGCACAUUGUGCUCAAAACUGGAAUAUUAACAGUCUUCGAGUAGUCGCCGGAACGAUCCAAACUGACCUGCCUGGAUCUGUGCACACCGUGAGCAGAAUAAUCACCCACGAAAACUACAAUGAAGAGAUGCAUUCAAAUGAUAUCGCCCUCUGGGAGAUAACCGAUUCUUUUGUCUGGGACAAUCAAACAUCCCCAGUAAAACUUCCCAUUAAAAACGUUGAGACUCCUGCUGGAACUCUGCUGACUGUUUCUGGAUUCACAACGGUAUCAGCAAACCCAGAUCCUCUAAGAAAAGUGGAAAUUCCUGUUAUUUCUAAAGCAGCGUGCAACGAGAGCUACGUCGAUUUUGGCGGAAUUUCAGCCGACCAGAUUUGUGCUGGUGUCCCAGAGCAGGGUCUCAGCUCCUGUCAGGGUGACGGCGGCGGACCCCUUUUCCUGCCAGCAGAAAGCGAAAUUCGCGGACUUGUUGCUUGGGGCUACAUGUGCGGGUUUCAAGCACAAUCCGGAGUUUACACCGAAUAUAAAAUGGGCGCGUACUCUCAUUACGGAUCGCCAAUAACCAAGAUGCACACCCCAGCUUUACUUACCCUCGUGAGCGUUACGGCUGCUUUUGGCAGAGUUUCUUUGCGGGGUCCACAAGUUUUUAGUAGUGGAUCUCGUAUUGUGGGCGGAAGUGAAGCCCAAAUCGGAGAAAUUCCCUGGCAAGUCUCUCUGCAAUUUGAUUUUGGAUUCCACUUUUGCGGAGGAUCAAUCAUAAGUGACAAAUGGGUUCUCACAGCGGCCCACUGUUCUGUGGGACAAACACCUGAACAGGUCCGUAUUGUUGCUGGCACGUUGCAAACUUCCAAUCCAGGAUCCAUUCAUGCCGUGAGCAAAAUUAUUUCUCACCAGGAUUACACCGGAUCUGAUUUUGGAAACGACAUAGCGCUUUGGGAGAUUUCCGACACCUUUACCUGGGAUAAGCAAACUGCGAUUGUUAAUCUCCCACCUGCAGGAGUCGAAACUCCAACUGGCUCAAUCAUGAUGGUUUCAGGCUGGGGCACAACCACCUUCGGAGGUUCAACUCCAAGCACUUUGCUCAAGGUGGAAAUUCCCAUCGUGUCUACGGAGGAUUGCAACGUGAGUUACGUUGGUUUCGGCGGAAUUCCCCAAAACCAAAUUUGCGCUGGCCUUAGCGACGGCGGCAAAGAUUCGUGCCAAGGUGACUCCGGCGGCCCCCUGGUUUUUGGAAACGAAAUUCGCGGCGUCGUCUCGUGGGGCAACGGGUGCGCUUGGGCUGGAUUUCCAGGGGUUUACACAGAAGUUUCAGCGUUUAGGGAUUGGAUUGCCGCGACUGCUGGUGUUUAAAGUCUUUUUCCAAAAAAAUUUAAA